GAUUUGACAUUUGUUUGCGCUCGGCGCUUGUUUCUUCCGCGCUCGCUUCCGCCAAUCAAAUUUAAUUUGAGUACUGUGUGGUCGGGCGCCGGACGUUCAGUAAAUAAAAUUUUGGCACAUUCAAUUAUUACUAAUACAAUAAAAUAGGUGGACAAAAAAUAAAAUUUAAGUAGAUCAAAAUUAAAUUUCGCAAAAUGUCUGUGUGUAAAUUCGUACCGAAUGUUUCAAGCCGUAAUUUCGGCAGAAUAAGUGCCGCGUUGAGUAGUGCAAAGUAUAGCAGAAGUUAUUUUACAUAUACUCAAGAAUUGUCCCAGCCUUUGGACAGGGUACCGGAACGUUUAAAUGCUAAACAGGCGUUUGAGAAAUGGUUGAAGUCCGGUCAAACGGUAUUCGUCCAGGGAGCCGCCGCCACCCCGGUGCCCCUGCUGCACGCCAUGACAGAUGUCGGCAAGAGUGGCGGGAUGAAGGGCAUCAAAGUCGUCCAUAUGCACACGGAAAAGGAAGCCCAAUACGUCGCUCCUGAGUGCCAAGAUAUCUUUAGGUCUGUGUCACUAUUCAUGGCAGCUAACGUCCGCAAGUCGGUGGCGGAGGGGCGGUCGGACGCCAUCCCCAUAUUCCUGCAAGACAUUCCCAAGCUGUUCCACAGGAAGAUCAUCCAGCCCGACAUUGCUGUUAUCCAGGUUUCUCCUCCUGACUCGCAUGGCUACUGCAGCUUGGGAACCUCCGUGGACUGCGUCAGAGCGGCGCUGGUCAACUCCAAAGUCAUCAUUGCUCAAGUGAACGCCAACAUGCCGCGUACGUUCGGCGACGCGAUCAUCCACAUGUCCCACAUCGACACCGCCGUGGAGGACAACACGCCGCUGCCCGAGCACGGGGGCAAAGGCUCCAGCCCCGAGGAGACGCAGAUCGGCAAGCUCAUUGGACAGAAUCUCGUCGAAGAUGGAGCUACUCUGCAGAUGGGUAUCGGAAGCAUUCCGGACGCCGUACUAUCAGCUCUGAAGGACCACAAGGAUCUCGGCGUCCACUCUGAGAUGUUCAGCGUCGGGGUCAUCGACCUCGUCAGGCGUGGCUGCAUCACCAACAACAAGAAAAAGACCCACAGAGGCCGCAUGGUGGGCAGCUUCCUGGUCGGAAACAAGGAACUGUAUGACUUCGUGGACAACAACCCCUUCAUUGAAAUGUUGGAGAUCGACUAUGUGAACAACACCCACAUCAUCUCGCUGCUGCCCAAGAUGACUGCCAUCAACUCCUGCAUUGAAGUCGACCUCACUGGACAAGUGUGCGCUGACUCCAUCGGUACACGCAUGUUCUCCGGUUUCGGUGGCCAGGUGGACUUCAUCCGUGGUGCAGCGGAGGCCGUGGACGGAAAGGGCAAGCCCAUCAUUGCUCUCGUGUCCGUCACCAAGAAAGGAGAGUCCAAGAUCGUACCUACACUCAAAGUCGGUGCUGGUGUAGUAACGAGCCGUGCCCACGUACACUAUGUCGUCACUGAGCAAGGUAUCGCAGACUUGUUCGGCAAGUCCCUCAGGCAGAGAGCAUACGAACUGAUCAAGAUCGCCCACCCCGAUCACCGCGAAGCUUUAGAAAAGGCCGCAUUUGAACGCCUCAAGUGCAUGCCUUCACCUUAAAAAAAUAAAAUUAAAAAAGAAUGUUUUGCAAAUGGCGGACAUUUGAGUGGAUGUAGGUUUUUAACUUGUCUUUGUAUGGAUUCUUGGCUUUUUAGAAACUUCUACGCUACGUUAUAGUGAUUGCUUCGCUAUUUAAUACUCGAAUCGAGUUUACAAGAUAUUUAAAUCAAAUGAUUGCGUUGUUUCAAUUUAGUUAUUAAGUUUUAACGCUUUUUCAAUAUUAACUAUUAUUUUUUUAAGUAAUAAUAUUGUUAUAAAAGCGUAGUUAACUGAGCAGUACAGAUUUUAACGCAAUAUUAUUUUAUGUGUUUGUUUUUUCAAUCUAUUUAUUUUUUAUUAGUGAAGCAAUCACUUUAAUAAUGGUAAAUGAGUAAUUUAAGGUUCGGCCAAUUGUGUGACUAUGCACAGUAGGGUUCCGUAGUGUGUAAUGAGUAGAAAAGUAGUAUUUUAAAGAAAUCAUUAGAUCAUGUUUCGAGUUUUAUUAUAUUUUACAAAGCUAGGUAAAUGUUAAGGUUGAUCAAAUGGUAUGUUGUGAGGGCUAGAGGGGUUCUUGAAAUAGUACAUUAUAUAUCUUAUUUACAAAUUAUUUCCAAAGUCUUUUAAGAGUAUAUUUUCUUUUUCUAUACGUCUUUUUCUUCUGCAAAUAAGAUGAAACUUACAAUUCCUAGAAAGGAUUGUCACAAAGUUACCAAUUUAAAUAAAAUGACGUUCCUACUGCCAUUUAAAAAUGGAACAACUUCGACAAAUCCUUUUUUUUUACUUAUCGGGAACUCUGGAACGGUGUAACAAAACCUCAUAUUUAUCAUAUUUUAUUUAGGUUAGGUGUCUUAUAUUCGCUAAACUAUAUUCUUAAGAUUUUAUUUUAUAAUUAUUUUAACUGUAAACAAGUAUUCUUUCUAGUAUAUCGUAUUUUUUGUAAUAUAUCAUCUAUAUUUUUUGUUAUAACUAAGUUUGUAAGCACUUUUCUUCUAUACAAUAAAUUAUUUUUAUUCAAAGACAAUUCUUGAGAGUUUUCUAAUAAUAAUUAUGUUAUAAGCCUAACCCCAGAUUGUUGUAUUUUGUAAACGCGAUAUUUUUUUAUCGGUGGAAAUGCACGAUUGUGUCAACAGUGAACUAUUCAAUUAGUUUUGAUGUUACGAUAGUUUGACAAAGUUACUAACGGAACCCUAGACUAAAAUUAAAAUUAAACUUUCCAAUUUGACUCUUUAAGUAGUGCAGGAAUUGAAGUAAUCAUGCUUUGUUGUGAUGAACACAAAAAUAAAAAAAAAUCGUAGUCGAGUCGUAUUUUAAAUUAGAAUCAGUAAGACGUGAAGUUAGGAACAAAAUAUUGAUUGUUAAAAAAUGUUGGAUGCGGUUAAUUAUAGGGUCAUUCGCGUAUUAGAUUGCUAGAAAAACACAGCCUACAUAAAUGUUGUUAUACAAAAUCAUGUUGAUGAACUAUUUUAGAAUUAUUGUGAACAAAAUCGAAAUAAAUAUGUGCUGUUGCAAACAAAAAAUAAGUAGGUAAAGGAGUUUACUCAUAGGUAUAGUGUCAGCAAGUCAAGCAAAAAGGUUUUAACAUUCACUCUUCUUGUUGGCAUUAUAUUUCUUAGUAAAUCUGGUUUUUUUGUUUGUCUAUAAUAAAAAUAAGAUCCGUUUGGACAUAUUUAUAUUUUUAAGUGUUAAUAUUUUUCGUGCAUAAGUCAUUUUAUAGUAUACAACGCUGAUAUUGUAUGUUACUGAAAUAAAUAAAAAGUUCGAUUAGAA